AUGGCUCCACAAAUGUUACUGGUCUUCUGUGAUGGGACUGGCAUGGACGGUAACCUGGCGUCGCGCAGUUCCGUCGCUCAGUCCACCAAAGGCAACGUGAACGAAGUCGUCGAGAAUUCCGAGACAACCUCGUCGGAAGCCCCUCGUGGAGGCGGGAACAAGCAGUUCCCAACGAAUGUUAUCCGCCUUGCACGAUCCGUCAAACCUCUGACUGCCAAGGGGAAGAAGCAGAUCGUCUUCUAUCAAUCCGGAGUCGGUUCGGAGGCCAAUUUCAAAGGAGAUCAGGUGACGGGGACGACGUUCGAACAGGCAUUGGGCACCGCAGUUGCAAGCAAAAUUCGUGACGCAUAUGCAUUCAUCGCUCAGAAUUAUGAGGAUAAGGAUGAGAUCUGUAUAUUUGGGCGAGUGUUAACCCAGUUGCUUUAUGGAUUUGGUCUCACAGAUGUUGAUUUAUCAUUUGACAGCUUUUCCAGAGGCGCCUACACGGCGAGAAAGGUGUCUGGGUUGAUUGAUCGCAUUGGGUUACUGAAACGAGAACAUCUUGGACAAUUCUUCCUGAUUUGGAGUCAACUUGUGGACGGCGAGACUCCUACCAUCCCAACUGGCACCCGGCGUCCAAGAAUUAAGUGCGUGGGUGUAUGGGACACAGUUGGGUCGGUUUACAAGACCAUCGAUGCGCUCGCGAUCAAGGAUACAAGUCUUCCGGCAACAAUUGACCUCGCACUUCAUGGAAUUUCACUCCAGGAGAAUAGAAAGUCAUUCCUGCCUACCUUAUGGACCGCGCCCCCAGGUGGCGUGCCCCCCACUCAGAAAUUAAAACAGAUAUGGUUCCCGGGAGCCCAUUCCGACGUAGGUGGUGGUUACGAGCGCCGUGAACUUCAAGACCUUUCUCUUUUUUGGAUGGCGGGGGAGAUCGAAUCCUUCGUUGACCUGGACCUCGAUUUCUUGCAAUCGACAAGGCAGCAGAACCCCGAGCCUUGGGGGACCUCUCAGCCCCACAACGCGUAUUCGGAAAGCUCCCUUGCAAUGCAGGCUAUUGUCGGUCACGAGACCCGACUCCAGAGCAAGCAGAUCAACAAGGACUCCGACUUCCACAAGAGUCUCGAGAAAUCUCCUCAGAAGCUCACGUCCCCGCAAUACAUGAUCACCAACACCAUAAUCAAGAACGAAUUGGGUGCGGGAUUCCAACCGAAAUACGUUGCUUUGAACGCAUUCGAGACGAAGUGCAAGAACAAUUGGAAGUCGCAGCCGAAAGAUACACCAGAACCUAUCUUCGACGACCCAGGUGUUAUCAUUCGGCCUCCGGUCUAUUGGACUCCCGGUACCCGGGGAAUAUUACCACCUUCAGCCAUUGAAGGAGGCCGUGAUUCAAAUGGCGACCUCCUUUAUAUUGCACGUGCUCCGUAUGCGGGUGGUCUUCGCAAAGCGUCUUCAGAGUUUGUGUACAUCAGCUAUGAUGGCAAAGAGAUCAUUGUCAAUGGCGAAUUUGAACUUCUCGUGGGAGAUCGGGAAUCCGUUCGCUGGCUUCUAGUUGACGGCCGGCUUUCUCACCAGAAACUGGGCGACACUAUUGCUGUGCUUGGAGGACAUGGGGCGGACGGAGAUCCCUUCUUCAUCGCCCAAGCGGCUACAGACGAAGGUAUUCAGUGUGGCAAAGUCAAAUUCAAUGGCCAUGCUACUAUUCCAUUGGAUGGCUCCGAGUUCAUCGCAGAAAGCUACAAUGUUCUUAUAUUCUCUUGAAGCAUGUUUCAGCUUGUUCGACAGUGCUAAAGAACUCUUUUGGAAUGUUGUACACUUGUAACACUAAAAGUUGCCUCCCUGGACGUGUGUAAGUUGUAUUAGGUUACAGUGCCUGGUUUCCUGCAUGUACAAUAUAUAUGGAAUGAUCAAUUGUCGCUCGAC